GCAGCCCUUCGCUUGCCCUCCCGCCGGCCGCACCGGGCUCCAGGAGGCCAGAGGCUCUGUGGGGUGGGGGGAGGACAGGAGGGGAGGAGGAGGGAGGGGGGACCCCCGAGUCGCCCCCUCUCCUCCCCCCGCCCCCCCCGGCUCCAUCCUCCGCCGCCGCCCGAGCAGCUGCGGGGCCGCCACCGCCGCCGCCUUUGCAGGCUGAGUCAUCACUAGAGAGUGGGAAGGGCAGCAGCAGCAGAGAAUCCAAACCCUAAAGCUGAUAUCACAAAGUACCAUUUCUCCAAGUUGGGGGCUCAGAGGGGAGUCAUCAUGAGCGAUGUUACCAUUGUGAAAGAAGGUUGGGUUCAGAAGAGGGGAGAAUAUAUAAAAAACUGGAGGCCAAGAUAUUUCCUUCUGAAGACAGAUGGCUCAUUCAUAGGAUAUAAAGAGAAACCUCAAGAUGUGGAUUUACCUUAUCCCCUCAACAACUUUUCAGUGGCAAAAUGCCAAUUAAUGAAAACAGAACGACCAAAGCCAAACACAUUUAUAAUCAGAUGUCUCCAGUGGACCACUGUUAUAGAGAGAACAUUUCAUGUAGAUACUCCAGAGGAAAGGGAAGAAUGGACAGAAGCUAUCCAGGCUGUAGCGGACAGACUGCAGAGGCAAGAAGAGGAGAGAAUGAAUUGUAGUCCAACUUCACAAAUUGAUAAUAUAGGAGAGGAAGAGAUGGAUGCUUCUACAACCCAUCAUAAAAGAAAGACAAUGAAUGAUUUUGACUAUUUGAAACUACUAGGUAAAGGCACUUUUGGGAAAGUUAUUUUGGUUCGAGAGAAGGCAAGUGGAAAAUAUUAUGCUAUGAAGAUUCUGAAGAAAGAAGUCAUUAUUGCAAAGGAUGAAGUGGCACACACUCUAACUGAAAGCAGAGUAUUAAAGAACACUAGACAUCCCUUUUUAACAUCCUUGAAAUAUUCCUUCCAGACAAAAGACCGUUUGUGUUUUGUGAUGGAAUAUGUUAAUGGGGGAGAGCUGUUUUUCCAUUUGUCGAGAGAGCGGGUGUUCUCUGAGGACCGCACACGUUUCUAUGGUGCAGAAAUUGUCUCUGCCUUGGACUAUCUACAUUCCGGAAAGAUUGUGUACCGUGAUCUCAAGUUGGAGAAUCUAAUGCUGGAUAAAGAUGGCCACAUAAAAAUUACAGAUUUUGGACUUUGCAAAGAAGGGAUCACAGAUGCAGCCACCAUGAAGACAUUCUGUGGCACUCCAGAAUAUCUGGCACCAGAGGUGUUAGAAGAUAAUGACUAUGGCCGAGCAGUAGACUGGUGGGGCCUAGGGGUUGUCAUGUAUGAAAUGAUGUGUGGGAGGUUACCUUUCUACAACCAGGACCAUGAGAAACUUUUUGAAUUAAUAUUAAUGGAAGACAUUAAAUUUCCUCGAACACUCUCUUCAGAUGCAAAAUCAUUGCUUUCAGGGCUCUUGAUAAAGGAUCCAAAUAAACGCCUUGGUGGAGGACCAGAUGAUGCAAAAGAAAUUAUGAGACACAGUUUCUUUUCUGGAGUAAACUGGCAAGAUGUAUAUGAUAAAAAGCUUGUACCUCCUUUUAAACCUCAAGUAACAUCUGAGACAGAUACUAGAUAUUUUGAUGAAGAAUUUACAGCUCAGACUAUUACAAUAACACCACCUGAAAAAUAUGAGGAGGAUGGUAUGGACUGCAUGGACAAUGAGAGGCGGCCGCAUUUCCCUCAGUUCUCCUACUCUGCAAGUGGACGAGAAUAAGUCUCUUUCAUUCUGCUACUUCACUGUCAUCUUCAAUUUAUUACUGAAAAUGAUUCCUGGACAUCACCAGUCCUAGCUCUUACACAUAGCAGGGGCACCUUCCGACAUCCCAGACCAGCCAAGGGUCUUCACCCCUCGCCACCUUUCACCCUCAUGAAAAUACACAUACACGCAAAUACACUCCAGUUUUUGUUUUUGCAUGAAAUUGUAUCUCAGUCUAAGGUCUCAUGCUGUUGCUGCUACUGUCUUACUAUUAUAGCAACUUUCAGAAGUAAUUUUCCAGCCUUUGGAAGUCAUGAGCCCACCAUUGUUCAUUUGUGCACCAAUUGUCAUCUUUUGAUCUUUGAGUUUUUCCCUCAGUGAAGGCUUAAUGAGAUACACUGAUUCUAGGUACAUUUUUUAACUUUCUAGAAGAGAAAAUCUAACUAGAUUAAGAAGAUAUAGUUUAUCAAUUCAGAACAAGCAAUUGUGGAAGGGUGGUGGCGUGCAUAUGUAAAGCACAUCAGAUCCAUGCGUGAAGUAGGUAUAUAUCACUAAGCUGUGGCUGGAAUUGAUUAGGAAGCAUUUGGUAGAAGGACUGAACAACUGUUGGGAUAUAUAGAUAUAUAUAUAUAUUUUUUUUAAUUCCUGGUGGAUACUGUAGAAGAAGCCCAUAUCACAUGUGGAUGUGGAGACUCCCGGGCAAUCAUGAGCCAGUGAACACUGUUCUACCAAGAAAUGAAGGCACAUGCACAGCCAAGGUCACUUACAGGGUCUUAUGAAGCAGUUUGCGCCAGAGAGCAUCUUUCCCCCGUGCUUGGAAACCUUUUUUCCUUCUUGACAUUUAUCACCUCUGAUGGCUGAAGAAUGUAGACAGGUAUAAUGAUACUGCUUUUCACCAAAAUUUGUACACCAAGGUAAACAGGUGUUUGCCUUAUUUAAUUUUUUACUUUCAGUUCUACGUGAAUUAGCUUUUUCUCAGAUGUUAAAACUUUGAAUGUCCUUUUAUGAUUUUGUUUAUAUUGCAGUAGUAUUUAUUUUUUAGUGAUGAGAAUUGUAUGUCAUGUCAGCAAACGCAGCUCCAACCUAUAUAAAAUAGACUUACUGCAGUUUCUUUUGACCCAUGUGCAAGGAUUGUACAUGCUGAUGAGAAUCAUGCACUUUUUCUCCUCUGUUAAAAAACGAUAAGGCUCUGAAAUGGAAUAUAUUGGUUAGAAUUUGGCUUUGGGAGAAGAGAUGCUGUCAUUUAACCCCUUGGUACUGAAAAUGAGAAAAUCCCCAACUAUCCAUGCCAAGGGGUUAAUGAAACAAAUAGCUGUUGACGUUUGCUCAUUGAAGAAUUGAAACAUUAUGAUGACCUGGCAACAAAAAGUAAUGAAGAAAAUUGAGACCUGAGUGAUGAUAAGAAAUGAUCUUUACAUGGCAAAAUGAACACAUCUUGAGGAUUUAGGAAGUGGGCAGUGAAGGCUAAGAACCUGGUGUGUUUCUUGGGAUCAUGGUACAUUUAUCACUGAAUUAAGCCAUCAGGGAAAAAACAAAAAAAGAGAACACCUCCAGCUUUUCUUUUUCUGUAUAUACUCAUGUCCCCAGAUUCCAACAUUUCUCACUGAAAGGGGACAUGUAUGCAAACCUCAUCUUUCUCCUUCAUUAAUGGUGAUCUUCAGAUUAAACCCUUUGGUGCUAGGAGCUGACAAUUUCCAAAGCAGCCUAUGAAGUCCUAGGGGCUGGGGGCCGUUCUUGCGGCAAGCAGAAGGCCAUCCCACUCCGUGGAGUGAUCAUGGAAAUGUAUUUUAGUUAAACUCUCUGACAGCUCCCAAAUGGAAGACUACAGCGUGAUGUAGUAUUAUGAUUGCAUUGUAUGAAAGAGCAAGUGACUUUCUAAGUAGGAUGAAUCAUAUUCAUAUGCAGAUGUCUUAGCCUCUUGACGCUGGAAGUGUGGAUUUAUAGCUAUAAAACCACUGCUGGCAGUGGGUGGGCCACUGGGACUGACGGGGGUUAAAGGGCAUUUUACUAAGGCAGCUAAGACAUAUUCAGACAUCGAUGUUCUCCUUAUUUUUCAUAUUUCUACCUGAGUGAAGUUCAUCCUUAGUAUUGAGUAGGAAGUUACAGUAAAUGGUAGUUCAUUCUUACUUCUUUUUUUUUCACUUGGAAUUAUGUUGAAUGUUUCAUUUUGACAAAAAAGUAGACUAGAAGGUAUGUUCUUUAAGUUGUCUUGCAUCCAUUGUAUAAGAAAGAAACAGGUGGGAGGAAGAGCAGGAAGCUGAGACUGACUGAUGUUCAGAGCACUUACUCCUCUGGAGGGAAACCAUAGCGCCAUGCACUAAGCACAUAGCUUUGUGUUGUUUUGGUUUUUUCCCCCAGAUCUUAGUGAUUCCCGUGACCUUGGCCAAGGACACUUCCUAAAGUGUAAUGACUGGCACUGACAUUGCCCCAGUCGGGCCACUCCUCACACUGGCUCUCAGUCCCUCCCCAAACAUGCCUGGGGCUCGGUCACUUCCAUUCCACCCUCUGAGACUCCACUGGGGUCACACAAGGUGUCUUCUUGGCUUUGAUUUUGAGAAUCCCCUCUUUUCACUUCCAGAUCUGUCAGCUGCCAUGGAGGAAUACUAGAAAACCAGAAAUGUGUGUACAGGGAGAUUUCUGAAACUUCCCUUGUGUCGCCCAUAGUUGUAGUUUUGGGUUCUGGCAGGUGGAACACCCUGAAACCUGGAAUCAUUCUAUGAGAAUACAGUUCAUACUUUGCAGACUCCAGCCCAUACUAACUGUCAUGAAGCUUGACUUCUUGUCAUAAUGCAGCCAUCUUGGAGGAAAUUGGCCAUUUCUGCUUGGAUUGUUGGCAGGGUCACGCUCAGCUUUGCUUUCUACACUAAUUACAUAGCAUUAUUCAAGUAUUGUUUUCCAUUUCCCAUCCCUGAUUUCCAGCUUCUUCAAGCUGACUGUUCUUGCAGGGGCCACUUGCUUCUCCUAGAGGACAAAAGUAAGGGCCUUCCUUACUAACUGCAGGGUCUCUAUAUUACACCUCAACGUACACACUUUGCUGCUACUGUUUGUACUGUCCACAGUAGAAUUUCCUCAUCUUGCUCCUGGUAGUGCAUUACAGGCAAGCAUGAAAUGUAAAGUAUUUAUUUAAAUAAAAAGAAAACCUCUAAAUUGGUAAUUGAAUUACCUCCCUGUAGCUUUAUAGUUUGUGACAUUUCUUGACCUUGCUAGUUCUUUCAUUAGAUCUGUGCAAGAUCUAGUCAUCUGGUUAAGGAUUUUAAGCAGAUGCAACUAUAAACCCAAGAAACUGUAUUACUCUUACUGUUGGUCAUACUAAAACUGUCUCUUUCCUGAAGUAUAUGGCCCGCGAGGAUGUGAAAUAACUAGGAGAAACUGUUUUUGUACACUGUACAUCCUUAGUAUUUUUACACGUAUAUGAUAGGGAUGAACAUGAUUUUCCUUCAUGCAGACACAGCUUAAAUAAAGCACUAUGUCAAUCUGCUACUUCUCUGUUUCUUGUUGUUGGAUGUGGUUCUAUGAUCCCCCCAAAUUACAUCUUCUUUAAUGAAAACAGAUUUUUAAUAGCCCCAGCUGGUAUUAGCCUACUUUGUAUAAAAUGUGACAGGAAAAUAUACAAAUUCCUUGUAGCUCAGACACACAUAGGGGCUCAUUUUUACUUCAGUGGAACGGUAGUAGUGCGGUGACGCAAACUGUGAUGAAGGGCUGCUUCCGAGGGGAGACGCUGACUCUCAGCACUGGAUUUAGGACGGAUAUUCUGUGAAGCCAGGGAUGGAGGAGGGCUCAGACCUUGGAGACAUUCAGACCCUCAUCAUCUAUACAACCCAUGGUUUGGACCCAGAAUCUGAAGGAAUGUAGCUUGUCAUUAAUGUCUUCCUGAUAAUGUACUGCUCUGCAUACUUCCUUUCUUAGAGUGUAUUUCUAACAUGUCAUGGCAAAUGAACAAACUUAGACACGGGUGAUGUAGAUGGGUAGGACGGCUGGACUGCAGUCUGACUUCACGUUGAAUCAUUCUGGAUGGGGCCUUUUUCUGAUUUUACCUCAUAAAGCUACUAUUGUAGAAACUUGGCUUUGCUCCUGUGAUGAAGCCAGACAGAGGAAUGGCUUUUGGGACCAGAGUGAGUCAAGCGCGCUUGUGUACGUCACACAGCCAAAUUUGAGAGCAUUCCCACAUGUGCUCUUCGCUCAAAACCACUGGGGUUGACAGAUCCAGGAGGCUAAAAUAAAGUGACCUCUAUAAUUCUUUAAAGGUGCUAUUUUUAGAAUAUUGUAUAAUUUAUUCACAGUAUAUCUAAAUCAGAAUUAAGGACAAUUAAAAUAUCUUAUGUGACAGCCUUUAUGUCUAGCACAUUUGAUGAAAAACUUCUGAAUCUGAAUAGAAGUUCUACUGUUUCAGGCUUGAGCCUUUUACACGCUCAAGAGAUUCGAAUGGUCUGUGUGUGUAGAUCAUGCCACCGCCUCCAAAGCCUAGUCCACACCACUUCUGAGAGGCAAGGCUGAGCGGAUGGUGACAUCAGCGCUGUGUUGCGAUGGGGAUGAGGAUGAUGGCUCGCUGGCCAAGCAGGGCAGCCGAAGGUCAGGGACCCGUCCCAACUGCAGCCUUGCCUUUAGUGUUGUUUGUCAUUCUCAGAUACAACACAGUAUGUCCAGUGUCCAUUUUUAUUACUUUAAAGCAUUUGAGGGCUUAACUGUGUAUAGUAGAAAUACUAUUUUAGACAAAUAAUUAUCUGUGUACAGAUAGAUAGAUAUUUGAUAUACUCUAAGUAAAUUUUCUAAUUUCACUAAGUACGUUUUUAGGCUCCUCUCAAAUACUGCAUAUUGAAGAAAAAAAUCUGACACCACCGAGCCAAAGAUGCUUUUUUGUCUGUUUUCGUUGUUUAACAGAAUGGAAAGAGUAAUGCAUAGUGCUUCCUGGUGUCUCCUGAUUGAUUGAUUGUGCGCAAAUUAGGACAAUACAUAAAAUGGAGUCUGAUGGGACAUUGAUUAAAGGUGAAGGAUGAUUGCUAUAUAGAUCAUGAAAAGAAAAAUGAAUGGCAGGAAAAAAAGUUUGGUCCUUAAUAUACUUUGGCCUAGUUAAAAUAUGUGCCUUUUUGGUGUGUUUUGUUCAUCACUACAAGAUAAAAAGGAAACAUUACAACUCAAGUCUUUAAAAAGUUCAUUUAUUGAAAAUCAUAUGUACAACCUAGCAUACGAAUGAGCAGAUUGAAUCACGUAACUUCAAGCCAUUUCUGAAAACAUACACCAGGAGCUCUGCUCCUCUGGAGUCAGACUCCAGCUCCAGCCCGGCUGCGUGCAGGGAUGGCGCACGCGCUGAUGAGGACCAGCCCCCCUGCAGGCUGAGGCGGUGUCACCCUGGGAAGGUCGUGGUGCGUUGUGGCAUAUUAAGUCUAAAUCAGAUGAAUGUAUAUAUCUCUUUGUAAAUCAUUUAUUUCACUCUGUUCCAUCCAGGUCAGCAAUCAGAUUGUGGCAUGCUGGGUAACUGGAAAAAAUAAUAAAAAGUAAGUUUCAAUA